AUGGCAAGCAACGAGCAACACGACCAGGAACAGCCCACCACCACUACCGCUGCAUCAUCUGCUAUCAACAUGGCCCUUCUUCAACUCCAAUUGGGAUGCAGCAAGCAUGACAUCUCCAACAUCCCGCCGGCCGCCACCACCAACGAAAGCCCCUCUGAGAGAAGAGAGCGGAUGCGACCGGUCCUCAACAAGCUCCACGAAGACUGUGACCUGGACGGCGGCAUGGAAUGUCCUGCCGUCGUGGCUGCGCGAGGCACCUUCGAGUCCGUCGUCAAGAACCUUCUCGAUGUGUCGAUUGGCAUUGCCGCGCGUGCAGGUCGGGCCGAAAUCACUCGAGAAGACGUUGCGACGGCCGUCACGUUCUUCGACUCACGUGGCCGACCUCGCACCGAACCCGGAACCGGAGAGGAUGGAGAGGGUGAAUCAGACCAGACCAGUGGCGAACGAAUCGACGCUAUUGGCGAUGGCGACAAUGAUGGCGACAAUACCGAGGUUAAAUAA